AUGGGCCAGACAAACUCAGGUUCGCCACGACUCCAACUUCCCCCUGUCGAUACAUCCACCUCAGAGUUUCGGCUGCUCAAAUUUCUACCAGCAGAGUCACCUUACGAUGUGUUGUGGUGCGAAUAUGUUGUAGUCCGCCUGGAGGACCAGCCCAGAUUUGCCUAUCUGAACACAGACUGGGACGAUGAAUCAAGUAGUAAAGCGGACCACACAGUAAUCAUCGAUGAUGGUGGGUACCACAUCACACGUCGCCUCCACGAUCAGCUAUUGUGGUUUCGACAUCUUUACGGACAAGGCGUGGACCUGGAUCUGCUGCAAGCAAAGAAACCAGUACAACAAGGCGGUCAGGAACCCGCCAGUGUACCCUUCCGUCCCAGUCAAGCCUACUUGCGUGAGUAUGUUUCGCAGGCUGAGGUCAACAAAGGGUAUCUCUGCUUCACGCCACGCCUGUGCAUAGAUCGAUCGAUCGAUACGGAGUAUGAACGCCAGAACCAAUGGCUGUCUUCACGUAUACUAGCAGCAGCUCUCGACCUCUUUCCGGAGCAUCGUCCUGUGAAGCCAAACGUUGUUGGCGUCGCAACAGAGCUCAGAGACACACAUAAAAGCAUCGAUGACUACACAAGCGUAGAGUCGAGAUUUAUAUACGAGCCUUUCGCAGAUUCCACGAGCGAGAUCGGGAUCCUGCAUCUUCAGCCCUUGAUGAAUGUUAGAGAUGGCUGCGAGAAAUUAGUAGGCAAAUUAGUGCCAGUAAGACUGGAGGAUGCACCUCCAUAUACUGCUUUGUCUUAUACAUGGGGUGAGCCAAUCUUCGACCGCACUAUCAUCCUCAAUGGCGAGAAGCAUGCCAUCACGGCCAAUCUGGCUCACGCACUGGUACGACUCAGGCAGCACAAAGAGACUUUCCUCUGGAUCGACGGCCUCUGCAUCGACCAAAAGAACUUACGAGAGAAAAGUGCUCAGAUACCCAUGAUGCUGGACAUCUACAAACGUGCAGAGAAGGUUAGCAUCUUUCUUGGCGAAGAGACUGGCGUUAGCAGCGAGCUUGACCGCGUAGGCGAAUUCUUGAUCAAGAUUGUUCGAUCCGGGCAACUCAUGUCUCUAGGCAGAGAGCUGAUGGCACAAGGAGAAGGUCUUUGGAGCCUCGGCGACGAAGGCGAUCGAAGCCUCAAACAAUGUGGCUCUCCGCCUCCGUCUCAUGCGAUCUGGCAGGCUUGCUAUCGACUGCUCCAGCGGCCAUGGUUCCGCCGUGCUUGGAUCGUUCAGGAAGCUGCUGCUAACGACAAUACCGAGGCUAUGAUGAGAGGCAUGGCUCUCUCCUGGAAUGCCCUUCCUGCUGCUAUCGGCUUUCUCGCUGCUAUCAUGGGAACCACAUAUAUCAAGCCCGUCAACUUAUCAGGUGCAGUCGAUGCCGACGAUCCAGCUCACGUGGAGGCUUGGAGGACCGAGCUGACCCAAGAGUUCGCACAAAGGCUUCUAGGACGCAUGCAAGAUUUCCAGGAACGUCUCAAGAAUGGUGCUAAGAUACCUCUCCAUCAACUACUACGCGAUUGCAGGUACACAUUGGCUGCCAAUCCACGAGACAAGAUCUAUAGUGUGCUGGGACUGUCUGAUUGUGCAGGUCGCGCACCCGCUCCAAACUACGCCUUGUCCGUACAGCAGGUCUAUCAUGAUUAUGCCAACUUUAUGGUGCAUAAGGGACAUGGUAUGGCCAUGCUUGAAGCGGCCGGUGGUCUUCGCCAGAGCCUAUCAGACCUGCCGUCUUGGACGCCUGACUGGACCUUCGAUCGAGAGAUCGUCCCAUUCUCUCUGAACAAUGCCGGCUACUACGAUCCUCCUUUCUCUGCAGCUGGUAACUCCGAACCUGGUAUUUCCAUUCUAGACACGGACAAUCGGACACUCGAAGUUGAAGGUGGCAUUAUAGACAGAAUACUUGCGGUUGGAAUGCAGCUCGACUUCACUGGCUGGGAGCCAUGGCGUCGAGACCUUCUUUGA